GAAAGAUGGCUUCCGCUCUUGGUUGUUUACGAAAUUUGGCACCUUCGGCGGCCAAAUUGCUCCAGAAAACGGCAUACAAUCAUGCACCCGCGUUGUAUUUCGCAAGGGGUGCUGCCAAGUGGAAUCCAGAUGCUGAGUUCUUUGAGCAGUUCAGUUCACCAGUGUUGUUCAAGGAGGGAGUUGCAGCCCAGAUGAAGAACAGGCCACUCAAUGAUCGAGCAGAAGUCAUUGAAAAACAGGUUCGAAACAUCACACUGAACUUUGGACCACAGCAUCCGGCUGCUCACGGCGUAUUGAGGCUGGUUUUGACACUAGAUGGUGAGACUGUUGUGCGAGCUGACCCUCACAUCGGCCUCCUUCACCGAGGAACAGAGAAACUGAUUGAAUACAAGACAUAUCUCCAAGCCUUGCCUUACUUUGAUCGUCUUGACUACUGCUCGAUGAUGUGUAAUGAACAAGCAUAUGCACUCGCUGUGGAAAAGUUAUUGAAUAUAGAGAUCCCUGAGAGAGCAAAGUGGAUUAGAACCCUGUUUGGUGAAAUCACUCGCUUGUUGAAUCACGUCAUGGGAAUAGGAUGCCACGCCCUCGAUGUGGGGGCCAUGACACCAUUUUUCUGGCUUUUUGAGGAACGAGAAAAGCUGUGUGAAUUCUACGAACGUGUGUCUGGAGCACGUAUGCACGCUGCGUACGUUAGGCCAGGGGGAGUGUCGCUGGACCUGCCACUUGGUCUAAUGGACGACAUCUACGAGUGGUGCUCCAAGUUCGGCCAGCGUAUCGACGAGGUGGAUGACCUCCUCACUCCCAACCGUAUUUGGAAGCAGAGGUGUAUCGAUAUUGGUGUGAUCUCAGCCGAGGAAGCCCUCAAUUAUGGGUUUAGCGGUGUGAUGCUGCGAGGGUCUGGUAUCCAGUGGGACAUCAGGAAGUCCGCGCCGUACGAUGCUUAUGAUAAAGUGGAGUUUGACGUGCCCAUCGGAAGGAAGGGUGAUUGCUACGACAGGUAUCUCUGCCGCAUGGAGGAGAUGCGACAAUCUCUGCAUAUCAUCCAUCAGUGUUUGAACAAGAUGCCACAAGGUGAAGUCAGGAUUGAUGACAACAAGGUCUCACCACCCAGGAGAGCUGAGAUGAAGGACUCGAUGGAAUCACUCAUCCACCACUUCAAGCUCUACUCUGAGGGCUACACCGUGCCGCCUGGAACCACCUAUACCGCCAUCGAGGCGCCCAAGGGCGAGUUUGGUGUAUACCUCAUCGCGGACGGAGGCAACAAACCUUAUCGCUGCAAGAUCAAGGCCCCCGGAUUUGCACAUUUGGCUGGUCUCCACAAGUUGUCUAAGGGACACAUGUUGGCUGAUGUUGUCGCUAUCAUCGGUACCCUUGAUAUCGUGUUUGGAGAGGUGGAUCGAUAAAGUGUCUGACAUCAGGAAAUGACAUGACCUGGCUGUAAAGAACGAUGAUUAAACUUAUUUUUGUAAAUACACAGACAUUAUCGGACAGCAUUGUUGGAGAAAUAUGAAUCAGAUGCAGAAGAAAAAGUGUUUUCGUUUGUCUCAAAAUCACUAUAAGUUGAUGUGAAAUAUCAUUCAAUAGAUGUUUGAGAUCUCAUUUUGAACUCGAAGCUUACAAACCACUUCACCUCGCAUGAAAUAGAUAGUCACAUUAUGAAAUGGCAUACACCGAUGGUCUUUAUCAAGUUGUGACAUUCUUUUGAUCUCUAUUUGAUGAAUGACACUCAGAUGAACUUGAAACUUGGCUGAAUGUUAGAUACUCUUAUCACAUCAUGUAGAUCUACUAUAGCUCAGGUGACAGCCACGAUUCUGUGUAUACUGGUUUGGUAGUUUGAGGGGAUGCACACCAUAUCACCAUAGGAGCACCUGUUUCACACCACCUGGGCCCAGUUGCUCAAUCAGUCAUAAGAAACAGACCUCAGCAUUGGCUCACCUGAGCGUCGUCUCCUUCAGUAAGUUUCACUUACAAGAGUCUUGUCGGAACCAUUCACCAACUUCUACUGUGCAGAUUGAGCCACCGGGUCCGGACAGUUAGCUGUGAGGAGUUUUCAGUGGGUGUAUAUUUGUAUAGUUUGUUUUCAGUGUUCGAAUAAAUAUUCAAAAAAAUAUAA